CAGCAAAGAGUGCACGAGACGAGGAAGUCUCACUUCAUGCAGUUUGACGGGUUGCGCAGUGAAAAUUACAAUCUAAUGAGGUAAAUAUUUUCAAAAGAGAUUCGGAAGAUAGCGCGCGAGGAGAGGGAAAUGUUCAUAUAAAUCGUCCCCAUAGUGCUUAUCCCCAGUGCAAAUUCAAGAGGACAAAACAAAACUCAAUAAGUGGAAGAUCUCAAGAUGUCUAAAAUUCCGGACGAGAUUUCUGGUACAUGGCGACAGUACGUCGCAGCGCUGACCAUAAAUACCGCGACGAUAGCCACGGGAAUAUCGGCGGGCUGGACAUCCCCAAUGAUUCCUCGUCUUCAGGCUCCAAACACUCCAGUGGGUGACGAGCCGAUGACACUAGACCAGAUAUCCUGGUUAACGUCAGUGACGUGCAUAGCUCCCCUGUUUGUCCUCCCACUGUGCAAUUUUUUAUCGGAGAGAUUUGGUAGAAAAACCCUGGGCUGCCUGAUGGCAAUACCGAUGGGACUCUGCUGGCUCCUGACGCUCCUCGCCACCAACUUCACAUUUCUCCUUAUCGCGAGGAUAUUAGAAGGGAUGGGCAACGGAAUGAUCGUCUUCCUCGUGCCGAUCUAUGUCACGGAAAUAUCCAGCGACGACGUCCGAGGGAAACUCGGAAGUUUUCUAGGGGUUGCAGCGAAUUUUGGACUCCUCCUGGGAUUCAUUCUAGGAGCUGCGAUGUCUUAUCAGAUGUUCGCCAUCUGCGGGAUGAUUGUGCCGGUGGUGUAUCUCGCUGGGUUCUUCUUCAUGCCCGAAACACCCAUCUAUCUUCUGCGAAAAGGGAGGAAGGAAGAGGCCACCAGAUCUUUGAUGUGGCUGAGAAAUAAUGACCAGAUGACAGUUGACAACGAGUUGCGUCGGCUGGAGAAAAUCCUGGAGGCAGAAAAAAUCGUCUCCAGGAAGGCAGUGGGUUUCAGGGAUCUGUUCAGAGACCGUGGGACUAUUUGGGGUUUCAUCAUAGCACUUGCGCUCCUACCAGGCCAACAAACAUCUGGAAUUACUGUCAUAUUCACGUACACCGCGACAAUCUUCCAGCUGGCGGGUUCCUCGAUGGCACCGAAUUCCGCAGCAAUAGUCCUUGCCAUAAUGCAAGUAUUCGGAUCAAUUCUGUCAACGGUCACCAUCGAGAGAGCUGGAAGACGAUUCCUCUUGUUGUUCUCGUGCGCCGGAAUGGCAGUCUGUCAUACCCUCCUUGGAUCAUUUUUUUUACUACAAUUUCUCAAUUAUGACCUGUCACUUAUCACCUGGCUACCAAUCGUCAUUCUGUCUUGUUACACGAUAAUAUAUUGCCUUGGGCUUGGCCCUGUGUCAUUCGUCGUCGCCAACGAAGUCGUCAGCUCCGAUGUCUCGAGUCUCGUCAACUCCGUGGCAAUGUCCCUCGUCUGGAUCAUAUGCUUCAUCGUCGUCAAGGGAUUUCCAUUCGCUCGUGACGCCAUUGAGAGCCACGGAUGUGCCUUCAUCCUCGCCAUCUGCUGCACCUGCACCUUCUUGUUCACGUACUUCGUCAUCCCCGAGACCAAAGGAAGACCCAUCGACUCCAUCCUCAAGGAGCUCAACACUCCCCUCAAGCAAUCCGAAAAGAUUGAUUACGAAUUUUCAACCAAAGUUUAGCGAAAUCAUAUCAGCUAUUUAUUUUAGUAAUUCAUCUUAGUCUUAAGUGAAUUGUGAUAUUAUCAUUAAAUUCAUCAUCAUCAAGUCAACAGCGAGUCAUUGGUUCAUGAUGCGGGGGAUUGUUGGACUGUAAAUUUAUUUGAAAUAAAAUAGGAAAACCUCA